AUGGCUAGACCCAGAAACCCAAAAAACCCAAUGAAGGAAAUCCAAGAAGACCAGAACAAAAAGGCUCAAAAAUUGGAGAAAUCACCUUCCUGGACGGUUAUGAGAGGGCUUUUCACCUCUAAAUACCUCCAACCUCAGAAACUGCAGCAACAACAGAAGCCAGAGAAGCAUGAAAAUCAGAAGCCAGAGAAGCAUCAGAAGCAAAACAAAGAGCAAAAGCAGAACCGUCAAGAACAAGCUACAGAGGAGGCUAACAAGAAAUGCAAGAAAAUGAAGUGUUCAGGGUCAUUAUGCAGCAACACAAAGGUCAUGCACAGGCCUGAAGCAGUAACACCAUCCCCUGAAGUUCGGAGAAAGAGGACUUCUAUGGGUUCAAUCAAUAAUGAAUCUUCUAGACGGGUCAUGAAAACUCCUUUACAUGAACUCAAUGGGAUUGUUUCUACAACAAACUCUUCAUUCUCUCCAUCUUCCAAUUCCUCCAUUGGAGGGUCUUUUAGAGGAAUGCCAUUCAGAAGAUUUUCCGGCUGUUAUGAGUGUAGAAUGGUGGUUGAUCCUGUUCUUGGAUUCACUAGAGAGAGGAGCACCAUUUGUCCUUGUCCUGAAUGUGGUGAGAUCUUCAUGAAACCUGAAAAUCUGGAGCUUCAUCAAGCUGUUAUGCAUGCAGUUUCUGAACUGGGUCCAGAAGACACAAGCAAGAACAUAGUGGAGAUCAUAUUCCAAUCAAGCUGGCUAAAGAAACAAAAUCCAGUCUGCAAAAUAGACCGCAUCCUCAAAGUCCAGAACACACAAAGGACCAUCUCCAAAUUCGAAGAAUACCGAGAAUCCAUCAAAGAAAAGGCCAACAAACACCCAAGGAAACACCCAAGAUGUAUAGCUGACGGCAAUGAACUCCUCAGGUUCCAUUGCACCACAUUUACAUGCUCACUAGGCCUAAAUGGUUCCUCCAACUUGUGCAACUCAAUCCCAAACUGCAAAGUUUGUAGCAUUAUCAAGAAUGGGUUCAAGAUCCCUGAAGUGUCCAGUGAAGGUGACAAUGAAAAUGGAAUUUUAACCACCGCGACAAGCGGUAAGGCCCAUGACAAGGCCGAAGCAGAGGAUGGUAAUGACAAGAGGGCAAUGCUGGUCUGCAGGGUGAUUGCGGGGAGGGUAAAGAAGGGCAUGGAGGGAAGCAUGGACGAGUACGACUCAGUGGCUGGUGCUGUGGGUUUAUACUCUAACUUAGACGAGUUGUAUGUGUUCAAUCCUAAAGCUAUUUUGCCUUGUUUUGUUGUUAUGUAUGGAGGGUUUUAGUGACUGCUUUUGAUCAAUCCUUUGUCUUUCUCAUUUUAUCUAUUAUAAUGUAAGAAAUUUCUAUACUGUCUUAUUGUUCUUUGGUAUGUUUAUGCUCUGAAUGGUAGAUUCAUACAUGGAGUUUUCUGGGUUGUGGUCAACAAGAUUAAUUUAAUAGCUAAUGUUUAUGGAUGCAAGCGAGCAACUUGGGAGAAAGAGCUUUAGGUUUAUUAAAUUACAGCAGGACUUGCCCAACCCAAUACAGGGUAUUAAUUGCACAUAGGGCACAUGAAUUUUAUACAAAGAAAAGGCAUGGUAGAAAUGGAAUCGUGACUUGUUGAAUUACAAGGUGACUUACCCAACCCAGGACAUUAAUUGCACAUAGUGGCACAUUAAUUUUAUAACAAAGAAACUUUUUUCAAUCUGAAAUCUGAAUUCUCAAGU